GUCUCUCUCUCCUCCCCCACAGCAGCAGCAGCAGCAGCAGCAACAGCAGCAGCAGCUUAGCGCGGCAGCGGCAGCGUCCAUCUCCGCCUGGGAAGCAGCGUUCCCGGCGCAGCACCGACGCACCGAGGGGGCGCUUCGUCCGAGUGAUGCCACUGCAUUCAUCCCGUCUCCAGCUCCAGCACUGAAAGUUGAUCUCCGAGGGAGAGAAGAGAGAAUUCGCCCGAGCCUCGAAGACAACUGUCCAUGAAGAUGUCUAACGCGGACAUCGUCCUGAGCGCCACCGACCGGGUGGUGAAAUCUGUCCCCUUCCCCCUGAGUCACCGGCUCACGAUGAAGGAAGUCUUUGACUGUGAAGGGAAACCUCGGGUGGAUCUCCUGAAGGCCCAUCUCACCAAAGAGGGCCGUGUAGAGGAAGCGGUGGCUCUUCGAAUCAUCAACGAGGGAGCAGCCAUAUUGCGACAGGAGAAAACUAUCCUGGACAUUGAUGCACCUGUGACAGUGUGCGGCGACAUUCACGGCCAGUUCUUUGACCUUAUGAAGUUGUUUGAGGUGGGAGGAUCGCCAGCCACAACACGAUACCUGUUCCUCGGGGACUAUGUGGACCGUGGCUACUUCAGUAUCGAGGUGAAAACAAUGUCAGAAUAUAUGAACAAGAAUGAUCAGCUCACUCGUGUAAAAAUGUUUUCUUUUCCACAGUGUGUUUUAUAUCUGUGGUCGCUGAAAAUCCUCUAUCCAAAGACUCUAUUUUUACUUCGUGGAAAUCAUGAAUGUAGACAUUUGACAGAAUAUUUCACUUUCAAACAAGAAUGUAAAAUCAAGUACUCAGAACAGGUGUAUGACUCAUGUAUGGAUGCGUUUGACUGCCUUCCUCUGGCUGCACUCAUGAACCAACAGUUUUUGUGUGUCCACGGCGGACUGUCACCUGAAAUACACACCUUAGACGAUAUUAAAAAGUUGGAUCGAUUCAAGGAGCCGCCGGCUUUCGGGCCGAUGUGCGACCUGCUGUGGUCGGAUCCUCUGGAGGACUUCGGCAAUGAGAAAACCCAGGAAUAUUUCAGCCACAACACAGUUAGAGGGUGCUCCUACUUUUACAGUUAUCCAGCAGUGUGUGAGUUCCUACAGAGCAAUAACCUAUUAUCAAUUAUCCGAGCGCACGAGGCACAGGAUGCAGGCUAUCGGAUGUAUCGUAAAAGCCAGACCACUGGAUUCCCGUCGCUCAUAACCAUCUUCUCAGCGCCAAACUACCUGGAUGUGUACAACAAUAAAGCUGCCGUACUGAAAUAUGAAAACAACGUCAUGAACAUCCGGCAGUUCAACUGCUCCCCUCACCCUUACUGGCUGCCAAACUUCAUGGACGUCUUCACCUGGUCUCUGCCGUUUGUCGGGGAGAAAGUCACAGAAAUGUUGGUGAAUGUAUUGAGCAUCUGCUCGGAUGAUGAGCUCAUGAAUGACGAAGAUGAAAUAUUUGACGCCAAUGCCGCAGCAGCCCGCAAGGAGGUGAUCAAAAACAAGAUCCGUGCCAUUGGGAAGAUGGCCAAAAUGUUCUCGGUUCUCAGAGAGGAGAGCGAAAAUGUGUUGACGCUGAAGGGCCUGACGCCCACUGGCAUGCUGCCGAGCGGGGUUCUCUCUGGAGGGAGACAGACACUGCAGAGUGCCACCAUUGAAGCCAUUGAAGCCAUCGAGACGCAUGAUGAGGACAGAGAAGCCAUCCGCGGCUUCUCCCCGCAGCACAAGAUCACCAGCUUCGAGGAGGCCAAGGGUCUGGACCGCAUCAACGAGCGCAUGCCGCCCCGCAAGGACGGGGUGAACCACGUGGGUCACUCCAUGGGGAAGAUGAACAUGUCAGAGGCCAACGGCACGGACGACAACAGCAACCUCCAGUGAUGAGCCCCGAAGGCCACGCCGGUGUUGCGCUGUGCAGCCAGACAUUGCCAAAUCUGCUCAUUCAGGCCUCAGAACAUCGAAAUAACACGGGCCCGCUGACAGAAGCUCUGCCGCCAAUCUUUCGCGAGCAGGAAAGCCGUCAUUUAUUUCAUGACAAAAAUGUCAUCGGGAAGGGGGGUUGACAUCACGGGGCGGCGGAUUGUAGGUGGAUUGGGAAAAUGCCUGUUGUUCCCUCUCCACUCAGUCGCAAUUCCACGGCGGGUCGUGUUGUUCUGAGUGCUGACUAAUGUCUGCUCCGUCUUUACAGCCUCUGACUGGUGACAUAACCACAGUAUCCAUGCUACACUGAGAACUUUACUGUUUUAUAAAGUGUUUAUUCUGAAGCCACUCACAAACUCACUACCUUGUUUUGCAAGUAUUAUCAUGUCACAGCACUUUGUGGGAGAGAAAGAAAGGAACAAGAAAGAAUCUGCGUUUGAUAUGAGUUUCCACAUUAAAGGUUCCUUUCAUCGCCUCAGCAUCAGGGUGGAAUUUGGGAUGAGGAACGGGAGGUGAUGAAAGGGACGUCAAAGAUAAAAACCCUGUUUAACACGUCCCCGAAGUGAACUCACCGUGAAAUCUUUAAGUCAAGUGUUGGGAAAUGAAUUAAAUUCAAUUAAAGCGCGCCUCAUCCGACAACCAUGGGAAUCGAUCGCUGCGGUCCAUCUUUGAAAAACACUCAGGGGUGAAGCCUUUUUAGAGGAAAUAUAGCUUAUAGUUCAUGGUAGAGUUUGAAGUCACAUGAGGAGAAAGGUGAGGCUCAGAUUGCAUCAUGUUAGACUCUUAACAGUGCAGGGUGUCGCCGGCUGCACCUCCACAGGGUCAGUGCCCAGUCUUACGCAUUAUUUCAAUAAAAAAAACACUUUCUCUGGUGUCAUGUAACUCUGAGUGGAAACUCAGUUGCCAGUUUUGUGAUUUAUGAUGACAGAAAAGUCAUUUUCCAACUAGGUAGUAUGGAAAAUCAAAGAUGUGUCAAACUCGAGGCACGUGGGCCAAAUCUGGGCCGUCAUUUCAUUCUAGCUGGUCCAAGGAAGAUUGGUUCACUUGAGAAAAAAAUAGACUGGUUUCUGUCACUAGAUGGCAGUAGAUCAGGGGGAAUCAUGGGAAUUAUUUUGAAUAUUAACACUUAAUUCCAAGAAUAAAUGAUGUUGGAGGAAAUAAAUGUUCAGCCACAACAAAAAUUCGGAUAUUCUCGUGCAGCUAGAGCUCAAUUGGUUUAGCACUUUUAAUGGUUGAGUUGACACCCCAAGUUUAUUGAGGCUACACUGUUUGCUGCUGUUCUAAAUUGUUUACAAAUUUAAAAUGCUUUACGCAUGGUUCACCUUGAUGAUGAAUUAUGCUGCAUAAAUAAUCAGUUUUAUAUGACUAUCUUACUUUCAAAUUACGAUUAAAAAGUAGUUUUUAUUACACCCCCAUUCUUGUGCAUUUUGCAAACACCUUUUUAAUGCGUCGAAAGAUUAUAUAUUUAAUUAAGAAGAUUAUGGAAAAGGCACUGAGUUCAAAACACCAAACUCCUUAAACCACCCAUUAAAGAUUAUUGAUCUUUUUUUUUCUACUUCCAUCUUUCUAUUUCACGGUGAAGGUUGGACAAAACGGUGGUUCUUACACAACAUCUAUGGUAUGGAACGCAUCAAUGCAUGCACUUAAGUUCCUAAUUGUUACGUGAGAUUAUAAUUGUGAUACUGUAGUUGUGUUUCAAAUAGUAAACUUGGAUCGAUUUAUUUUUGGAGUAUGUUUGUAGUUUCAUUUGUCUUGUUUUAUAAAUUUUAUAAAUAGGCUUCCUCCGUUUGGUCACUUUUGUUUUUUCGGUCUGUUAUUUACUACCACUGCUUUUAAUUUUUUCUACUUAUUUAUUGUAUGCCGACCUUUGAAGGUGUGGAGCCUUGUGUUUAUUUUUUCUGUUGUACUCAUGUACAGAGUGUGAAUGAAUAUAAUCUCGGGUUAAAAAACAAAAAGAAAAAAAAAAAAAAAGCAACUUUCAGGCUGCCAAAAGCAUGAUAGCAUGGUUUUCAGGUGUAAAUUGGACACAAGCACUUGCGUUUUACAGGAAACAUUAUACUCUGGUUCUAUUUAUUGCCGAUAUUAUUGUUACGACUAAGCUGAUUUUCCUUCCUCUCUUUCUGGUUCUUGUAUGGUCUCCUGUACAUGCAUAAAUCAACCAAGUAAUAUAAUGGACUUGAUCUUGCAGCAUUAUUUUUAUUAUCUCCUGAAUUCCGUUUUGGCAUUUGACUUCCUAAAUGAUACACAUAUUGUAAGCAUGCCCUAUGGGACGAAUCACAUUUUUUUACUCUUGAAUAAAAUAUGCAUGAUCCAAA